UAAAGUACUCAGUCGAUCUCCUCUCUCUCAUCUCUAUCUGGUAUAAUUACUGAAUCAAUCUCCUCUCUCUCAUCUCUAUCUCUAUGUUCUAUCAGUCUGAUCAAAUCCUUUGUGUAACCAAAAAGCUUCAUCAAAGACAAUGAACCCCGGCGACAGCUUGGAGCACAAUAUCCAAACUGUUUGGAGCUCUGAUCUGACGACAAUCCAACCCAGCAGUUCCAACACGCUCCAGUUCCGAUAAAGCUGGUGUGGUUCAGUUCCUAAUAAUCUCAUUCUAGCGUGCUCUAUUUCAAUCCAGUGAAUCAAUACCAACUCCUCACAAUUUGGGGAUUGUACUGACCGAGUCCGAUCAAGUAAGUUGUAGUUAAACCCAGAAAGUUGCAGCAACCAAAUCGGAAAGCCUCACCUUUACACAACUAGCGAGCUAUCAAACCGUAUGCAACCGGUGAACUUCAUCUCUUCCGCCCUCACCGCCGCCCUCAUCCCCAUUUCGCCGGCUAUCACCGACGUUCAAGAGCCCGGCGACUCGGACGAGCAAGAAACCGGCGACGUCCGACGACCAAGCGACCAGCGUUCUCUCUCUUCGGUGAAAUCAAAUACGAAAACUCAAGACAUGGAGAAGAAAAAUACGAAAACUCAAGACAUGGAGAGGAAGAAUGAAGGAGGAGAGAAGGUGGAAUCGGAUGCAAAGCUAACAGUCGAAGAGCUCGAGAAGAAGAAGAAGAAAGAAGAAAAGGCCAGAGAGAAAGAACUGAAAAAACUUAAGGCUGCACAAAAAGCAGAAGCAGCCAAACUUCAGGCACAACAACCUUCUAAUGCUUCAAAAGUUGCUAAAAAAAAGAGCACACGGAGAGAGGCAGGGGAAGAUAACCCCGAGGAUUAUGUUGACCCUGAAACUCCUUUUGGUGAGAAGAAACUCCGCUCCAGUCAAAUGGCGAAGCAGUUUAAUCCUAGUGCAGUUGAGAAAUCAUGGUAUGCAUGGUGGGAGAAAUCAGGCUUCUUUGUGGCAGAUUCUAGCAGCUCGAAACCUCCUUUUGUGAUUGUUCUUCCACCUCCAAAUGUGACCGGGGCCUUACACAUAGGCCAUGCUCUUACCUGUGCUAUCCAGGAUACAAUUAUUCGCUGGCGGAGAAUGUCCGGCUACAACACUUUGUGGGUCCCUGGGAUGGACCAUGCUGGGAUAGCAACACAGGUGGUUGUGGAGAAGAAGAUUAUGCGAGAAAGAAAAUUAACCAGGCAUGAUGUUGGCCGUGAAAAAUUUGUAUCCGAAGUCUGGAAUUGGAAGAAUGAGUAUGGGGGUACUAUUAUGAAACAACUACGUUGCCUGGGUGCCUCUCUUGAUUGGUCUCGCGAGUGCUUUACAAUGGAUGAGAAAAGGUCAAAUGCUGUGAUAGAAGCUUUUGUUAGGCUUUACAAGGAAGGUCUUAUUUAUAGGGAUCUGCGGUUAGUGAAUUGGGAUUGUGUCUUGCGAACUGCAAUAUCUGAUAUUGAGGUUGAUUAUCUGGACAUCAAAGAAAGGACAAUGUUAAAGGUUCCGGGAUAUGAAAACCUGGCGGAGUUUGGUGUUUUGACUUCAUUUGCUUACCCUUUAGAAGGAGGGUUGGGUGAGAUUGUUGUGGCUACUACUAGAGUGGAAACAAUGCUUGGUGAUACUGCCAUUGCUAUACAUCCUGAUGACCCAAGAUACAGCCAUCUUCAUGGAAAAUCAGCCAUUCAUCCAUUCAAUGGAAGAAAACUUCCUAUAGUUUGCGAUCCAAUUCUUGUAGAUCCAAACUUCGGCACUGGUGCUGUCAAGAUAACUCCAGCCCAUGAUCCAAAUGAUUUUGAGGUUGGCAAGCGUCAUAACCUUGAGUUCAUCAACAUUCUUACUGAUGACGGGAAAAUAAAUAGCAAUGGGGGUUCGGAGUUUGCAGGGAUGCCACGUUUCAAAGCCCGUGAGGCUGUGACCGCAGCUUUAGAGAAAAAGGGUCUCUACAGAGGUGCUAAAAAUAACGAGAUGCGUCUUGGCCUUUGUUCAAGAAGCAAUGAUGUUGUGGAGCCCCUGAUAAAACCUCAGUGGUAUGUCAACUGCAAUAAUUUGGGCAAGCAAGCUCUUGAUGCUGUUGUGGAUGGUGAAACUAGGAAAAUAGAGAUCAUUCCAAAACAGUAUAUUGCUGAAUGGAAAAGAUGGCUUGAGAACAUUCGUGAUUGGUGCAUCUCAAGGCAGCUUUGGUGGGGUCACCGAAUUCCUGCAUGGUAUGUGUUGCUGGAGGACGACGAACUGAAGGAACUCGGUGCUUACAACGACCACUGGGUGGUUGCCAGAAAUGAGGAAGAGGCUCGAGCUGAGGCUAGCAGAUUAUAUGCUGGGAAAGAGUUUAAGAUAUAUCAGGAUCCUGAUGUUCUGGACACCUGGUUUUCUGCUGGUCUUUUUCCAUUAACUGUGCUGGGGUGGCCUGAUGAUACAGAAGAUUUGAAGGCAUUUUACCCAACUUCGGUUCUUGAAACUGGCCAUGACAUUCUCUUUUUCUGGGUUGCUCGUAUGGUGAUGUUGGGAAUUAAGCUGGGAGGUGAUGUACCUUUUAGAAAGGUUUAUUUGCACCCUAUGAUUCGUGAUGCACAUGGGCGUAAGAUGUCCAAGUCAUUAGGAAAUGUUAUUGAUCCUCUUGAAGUAAUAAACGGAAUAUCCUUGGAGGGUCUUCACAAGAGACUGGAGGAGGGUAACUUGGAUCCCAAUGAAUUGAAGGUUGCCAAGGAGGGACAGGUGAAGGACUUUCCUAACGGUAUUCCUGAAUGUGGUGCAGAUGCUCUCCGUUUUGCCCUAGUCUCUUAUACAGCUCAGUCUGAUAAAAUAAAUCUGGACAUCCAAAGGGUGGUUGGAUAUCGUCAAUGGUGUAAUAAACUGUGGAAUGCUGUGCGAUUUGCCAUGAGCAAGCUUGGAGAUGAUUACACCCCUCCAAAGAAUAUAGAUCCAGAUAGCUUGCCAUUUAGCUGCCAGUGGAUACUCUCAGUUCUGAACAAAGCGAUAUCUAAAACUGUGUCAUCACUAGAUGACUAUGAGUUCUCAGAUGCAGCCACUGCAGUAUAUUCUUGGUGGCAGUCCCAGUUGUGUGAUGUGUUUAUUGAAGUAAUCAAGCCUUACUUUGCUAGUAAUGACCCAGGAUUUGAAUCUGCAAGGAGUUCUGCACAAGAUACCUUGUGGAUUUGUCUGGAUAAUGGGCUGCGGUUGCUUCAUCCAUUUAUGCCCUAUGUUACAGAAGAAUUGUGGCAGCGCCUUCCUGCAACAAAGGGUUGUAUGAGGAAGGAAUCAAUCAUGAUCUGUGAAUACCCAUCAAUUGUAGAGGGCUGGACAAAUGAACAGGUAGAAUAUGAGAUGGAUCUGGUUGAGUCUGCGGUUAAAUCACUUAGGUCGCUCAGGUCGUUGAUGCCUCCAAAGGAAAGACAUGAACGACGAGCAGCUUUUGCACUUUGCCGAACUGAUGCAGUUGCAGAGAUAAUCAAAAGACACGAACUUGAGGUUUCGACUCUCGCCACUUUAUUAUCUUUGAAGGUUCUAAGUGAGAGCGAUGCUGAUCCGGUUGGAUGUGCAGUAUCCGUUGUAAAUGAAGCCCUUUCUGUUUUUCUAAAGCUCCGAGGAACCCUCAAUGCAGAAGCAGAACGUGAAAAGCUCAAGAAAAAGAUGGACGAGAUACAGAAGCAACGUGAUACCUUAACAAAGAUGAUGGAUGCCUCCGGUUACAAGGAGAAGGUUCCUGCUCAUAUUCACGAAGAAAAUGUAGCCAAGCUUGCCACACUAAUGCAGGAAAUUUUGUCCUUUGAACAAGCUAGUCAGCAUUUGGAGCGCGAAAUUUCGGCGGAAACAUCAGAGAAUAAAAAUGAUUGAACCACUAUAUUUAUAUAAUCCAGAAAAAAGUGCUCAAAGUUCAUACAGAUAAUGCGUAGUCAAUACAUUCUUUCACGUCUACAGAGAAUGAAGAAAUGCACUCAUUGGACAUCAUAGGCCGAUUGUUGAUGUAAACUGCAUACUGCCAUUCGAUGACAUGGAUUUAUGCUGCAUUCCCGAUUGUUUUGAGGCACAAAAUGGCUUUAAUUUCGCACAAAACUUGUUAUUGUUUCGUAUUGGAACGACGUAUUUGCUUAAUUUUGGAUCAAUGCAUAUGAAUCCGAAGAUGUUUCACGUUAAUUUUAAGUUAAACCCUUUUAACUUUCUUAUGCUU